AUGGCCAACUGCGCAGCGUGUCUGCGGCGGGCCGUCCAGGCCUCGUCUCGCAGCAGGCCCCUCGCCGAAGCUGCAGGCAUCUGGGCUUCUCUCCCACAGACCGGCAGACGCUAUGCCUCAGUGGCAGCCCCAAGCACCGAACGGACCGAUGCGCCUCGGACUCUAACCCUGGAGCCCCUCGAUCCGGCCGCGUCCCAGAAGAAGGACUUUGAGCGGCUGCAGCGCAUCGUCAAGAAGCAGCUGCAGCACAUGGACGACCCCUGGAAGAUUGCCCAGUAUGUGGAGGAUGCCCUCGCCAAGGACAGGUUUGACGAGGCCUUGCUCCUCACCAAGACGGCGGGCAAGGACCGCCAGGUUGUCGUUGCCUGGAACCACCUGAUCAACUACCUGCUGGGCAAGCAGCAGCUGAAGAACGCCAUCAAGCUCUACAACGAUAUGAAGAAAAGAGGGCAGCUGCCCAACGUCCAGACCUUCACCAUCAUCUUCCGCGGCUGCGCUCAGUCCCAGCACCCCAAGCUUGCCGUUGCCGAGGCCGUCAAGCACUACAACAUCCUCCUCAGCGACAAGCGUCUGCAGCCAAACUCGAUCCACAUGAACGCCGUUCUCAACGUCUGCGCAAGGGCCGGCGACCUCGACUCCAUGUUUCUCAUCGCCGAGACAGCCAACGACACCACCCGCGCCCCCACCUCCUAUACGUAUACCACCAUCUUGAAUGCCUUGCGGUACCAGGCAAUCCGCGACAUGAAGGACGUGACGCCGGAGCAGGAAGCUGCCAAUGCGCGAAAGGCUGUGGAUCGGGCAAAGAGCAUCUGGUCCGAGGUCAUUGACAAAUGGAGGAAGGCGCAGCUGGUCAUUGACGAAGAACUGGUGUGCGCCAUGGGUCGUGUCCUGCUCCUCUCCCCUGACAGGGAAGACAAGAGAGAAGUGCUCGACCUGCUCUACCAAACCAUGAGCAUUCCCAACUUGGCCAAGGAUCCCGGCGCCGAUGCGUUUCAAGACGGUCAAAUGGAGAAGAUUGCCGUUACUGGUGUCGCAAAGAGAUUGCCUUCGAGCAAGGCCGUCUAUGCCAUCCCUGGCCGGAAUACCCUGGCCUUGAUCCUGACGACGCUUGCCUCGUCGAGGCUUACGACAAGUGGCAUCAAGUACUGGAAUCUUCUGGUCCGUCACUAUGGCAUCGUGCCGGACAAUGACAACUGGCUUCGCAUGUUUGGCAUGCUCAAAGUCGCAAAGGCUAGUGGCCACGCUUCCUCCAUCCUGAGCCUCAUGCCCGACGAGUACAUCGAUGGCAAGCACUACCGCAUCGCCAUGGAGACUUGCGUCCGCGACAACAUCAACACCAAUGCCAUUGACAACGCGAAUCGGGUGCUCGAAUCCAUGCUUACACGCCUGCCAGUGCCUGACAUACACACUCUUCGACUGUAUCUACGCGUUGCUCUCGUCAGCCACUACCAUUAUCGCGAACGAAUGAAGAAGGGAGACGAAGAGGGCGCCAAGCGCGACUAUGGCUUGCAGAUAACAAAUGCCCUGGCCCAUCUCUGGGAGCCUUACAAGAAGGUUCACUACCACUUCUUCAAGGAGAACGCCAAGGGCAGCAAACUCAGCCCGGGCGAGCUCUACAACAGCCAGCGCGAGGUCAUUGCCCUGGCUCGUCACAUGUUUAGUGCGUUCAACAAGGUCAUCAACGAGAAGAUGCUUCCCGAGGAUGACGCAAAGGAGCUCCGCGUGGUCGGUGCCAAGAUCAACCGCGAGAUUCAAAAGUUCUACUCGAACCGUGAGGAGCGGGAGCCCAAUCUG